AUGGCCGAUGACGAUUCUUCGGACCUGUCUUCGUUGUCCUCAUUGUCGCCUGUUCCGUCCGACAUCGAAUCCGAUGCUGAGCCGGAGUCUGAGACGAAGAAGGGCGGCAGCAUCUUGAAGUUCUUCCCCAAACUCGCCAAAGGCAAGAAGGCAGCAGUUGCGACUAAGGAGCCCUCACCGCCACCUCGCAAGCGUUCGCCCUCGCCUCCACAUGAGAAUGCCUUCGAAGAUAACCCAGACAUCGCUUUUCUGGUCAUGUUCCGGAGCCGAUUCAACGAUGCCUUCCCGAAAUCUCUUGCCAACUUUGGCCCCCAGGAGCUCGAGCGCGACAUUAUUGACAAUCCUCCCGGCGAACGGGUCGAAGCCUUCCUCUGCGCACUCCUCUUCUUGCUUCUCAACCGCAAGCAGGAUGUCAAGUACGUUGACGCGCCACCGAACAAGAGCUCUACACAGGUUGCAAACUGA